UUAUAUUCCCUAUUCCCAUCGCCUCUUGUAUUCUUUUCCCAUCCUACCUCUUUAGGUUUUCCUCCGCCGGAGAGAGAGAGAGAGCAGAGAAACAAUGGCGACGCCGACUGAAUCCGUACAAUGUUUUGGACGUAAGAAAACAGCGGUGGCCGUUACUCACUGCAAGCGUGGCCGCGGACUGAUCAAAAUCAACGGAGUCCCAAUUGAGCUCGUUCAGCCGGAAAUCCUGCGAUACAAGGCUUUCGAGCCAAUCCUACUCCUCGGCCGCCACCGCUUUGCUGGCGUCGACAUGCGCAUCCGCGUCAAGGGUGGAGGUCACACCUCUCAGAUCUACGCCAUUCGUCAGUCCAUUGCGAAAGCGCUCGUCGCCUUUUACCAGAAGUACGUUGACGAGCAGUCGAAAAAGGAGAUUAAGGAUAUUCUCGUGAGGUAUGAUAGGACUUUGCUGGUGGCUGAUCCAAGGCGCUGUGAGCCCAAGAAGUUUGGAGGUCGUGGUGCCCGUGCCAGGUUCCAGAAAUCCUACCGUUGAAGUGUUGGUAGUGAUUAUGCGUUUAUUACUAUAUUCAUCAGUAGUUUGUUUUGUGAGAAUUAAAUUAAGAUACUGUUUUGUUAUGUUUUGGAUAAUUUGGCAUUUUGUUCUUUUUUCCUGCUCGAGGAUUCUAUCAGACAACGGUUUUGGGAUGCCCUUUUUUUAUAAUUUUCACAUUACUUUCUUAUAAGUGGGAUUGUUAUUGCGUUUUAUC